AUGCAGGAUGAUGAUGAUGAUGAGGAUGGAGAUGAAGAUGAAGAAGAAGACGAAGACAACGAAGACGGCUCAGAAGAAGAAGAAGAAGAAGAAGAGGAAACUGCUGCUGCUGCUGCUGCUGCUGCAGCACAGGAUAAGAAACGCAAGGGACAGCAGCAGCCACAGAAACAACAGCAGCAGCAACAAGCCAACAAAAAAGGUAUGUAA